AUGAAGUCCGUCGUCGCCAGCAUCGGCAUGCUCGCCGCCGUGGCCAACGCCUACCAGUUCCCCCAGCACGCCCACUACCGCCGAGACUACAACGGAACCGACUCUCAGACCACUCUGACCGUCAAGACCACCGUCGUCGAGACUAUCACUAGCUGUGCUCCCACCGUCACCAACUGCCCUGCUCGUGACCAGACUGCUAUUGCUCAGCUCCCCGAGUCCGACAAGACCACCCUCACUGCCACUCACACCGUCAUCCUCACUGAGGUUGUCUGCCCUGUUGCCGAGGCCAGCUCCAUCUACACCUCAGUUCUCCACGAUGCGGAGACUGGUGGCGUUACUGGCAAGACCAUCACUGCUGAUGUCCCCAUGAACACCGGCGGUGCCUACCCUCCCCCCACCGAGGGUGAGAAGACCGUUGUCUCUGACUACACCACCGAUCAGGUUGUUACCCUUACCCAGGGCGAAGAGACCAUCACCACCACUAUUCACAAGACCAUCCAGAAGACCCUGACUGUCCCUGCUGGUCCCGAGGUCACCAACGAUGGUUCUAAGGGCAAUGGCACCCCUGAGGAGGACACCACCACCACCACCACUAAGACCACCACUGGCACUAUCACCAAGACCAUCCAGCGUGUUGGUGAGACCGGCCCCGCCACCGGCGGCGACAACGGCUACAGCACUGGCAAGGGUGAGGGCGAGGACGAUGGCUCCAAGGGUACCGGCAACGGCCCCAACAAGGGCGGCAACGGCGACAACGGCGAGUGUGUCCCCGAGACCGUCACCGUCACCGCUCCCGCCUCCACCGUCUACGUUACUGUUGUCCCCGAGGCUGCCAAGACCAACGGUGCUGAUGAUGCCACUGUCACUGGCAAGACCGUCAAGGGCGACGACUCUGAGGAGGAUGAUGAGGAGGAUGACGACUCCGAGGAGGAGAUCUGCGACACCACCACCACCAUGGAGGCUACCGUCACUGUUGUCCCUUACCCCGUCAACAACACUGCUACCGGUGGCUACGCUAAGCCCACUGGCUUCUCCCGCCGUCUCCGAUAA